UUCCGGGAAAAAGUCGUCAGGUCGUCGCGAGGACCAUGUCUCUAGUGGAGCGAGCUCCCAGCGAGCAGGAGAGUUUUUCACCUCUGUCCAGGACCGAGUCCUCCAUGUCCGACAGCAGCUCUGAACGAGACGCCGGAGAAGCAGUGGGCAAAUCAGCAAACAAGAGAUACUGCGACAGGCUCACCUCCGAAGACACAUUGACCAGUUACUGGGAGAGAAAGCUUCAAGCAGACGAAGAGGUGGCAAAACAAGAAGAGUCAUUGGCUGCAUGCAGAGAGAAUUUGAAGUCACUGCAUCGUCAGUGUGCCGAGCUGCAGCACAGAGUUUCUGAAUUGGAGAGAUUCAAUCGGAGAGUGGGAGAUGGGGAGGGAGGGAAAAGAGGAGGAGAAGGGGAGGGAGGAGAAGGGAAGGGAGUGGCAAGCUGCGGGUUUCUAAAGGCUCAGCUAAGGAGGGUGAAGGGGGAGAUCGAAAGAGAGGAAAAUGCAGAGGAAGACCUCAUGGAGAACUUGAAAGCGGCCCAGUUGGAGCUGUCGGCUGCUACAAUGGCCUAUUCGGACUACCGCGAGACGGAGGAGGAGCUGAGAGUGAGAGAGAGACAAGCACAGACAGCGAAGAACCUCCAGGCACUCCAGAGGCUCCAGACACAGACCAGAAUGAGGGUCAACACCCACCGCGUCAAGAAAUCCCAGGAAAGAUUGGAGGAGAGUUCUCGGAGACUCGAAGAGACCAGAACCAGAGAGGCAAUCGAGAGGGCUCGACAGACCAUGAGAGAUGGUCAGGCAUUCCUGCAGAAGACGCUUGAGCAGCGACGAACGAGGGAGCAGGAGGAGAGGGAGAGGGAGAGAGGGGAGAGUGAGCGGAGGUUGACAGCUGUGCUGAGUCUCAAGAGGAACAUUGAAAAUAGUGAAGGUACGAUCCAGGCUCUUCAGCUGUUGCAGGAAGAGCGGAACAAAAAGACCAGACUGCGUGAGGAGAGGCUGCGGACCCAGGCAGCCACUCAGGGAGACAAUCCUGACGAGGUGGUUGAGUCUUCAUCUGAUGAAUAUGAUGGUGAUGAAAGAGAGGGAGAGAGGAGAGAGGGAGAGGCUAGUGGCGAAACUCUGGCCCAGCCUGAAAUCAAUGGACUCUGGAGCCUACACUCAGAGACUGCAGCACAGCAAAGCCACAAAAUUGAAGAAGAAGGGGAAGAAGGAGAAGAGGUGAAGGAUGGAGGGACAAAGGGAAGGAAGAAAGAGAGGAGCAAACUGGAGCAGAAGACGCUGACAGGCGUGAUUGAUAACCUACGACAGAGCAUUGUAAAGAGGCAGGUCGUUGCAGGCAGAGAAUUCAAGGGGCCCCCAUUCACCAGCAAGCCAGAGGUAGUUGAGUUCAGAGAUUUCUCGCCAGGAGAAAGGCUAAAGCUGAGACUAGUCCUCACCAACGUGACCUACACUGUCAACCACUGCAAACUGGUCGGGAUCUCACCUCAUCUGAAGGAUUUCAUCUCAGUCGAUUUUAACCCUCCUGGAGCUAUGUCUGCUGGGCUCACAUGUCACAUGACAGUCACAUUUGAACCAAAGCUAAACAAGGAUCUGACUGGGGAGAUAGAGAUGCUCACACAGACUGGUCCAUUCUCCAUCCCCGUUCGCUGCACCACUCGCAAGUGUCACCGUCGGAGCCACAGGAGGAGAGCAGUGAGGGAGAUGGAAGAGGAGGAGGAGAUUGUGUAGAGGUGGAUUUUGGGAGGGUGUGUGUCGGUGAGACAGUCCGGGGGUCCAUUCUCCUCCGCAAUGAUGGAGCUCUACCAACUGAGUUCUCCAUCACUUCCAGUACACACAGCAAACCAAAGCUACUGAGUCCAGAGAGAAGUGAGUCGGUGGGAGAGUCUGUGAGUGGAGCAUCAUCGAGCCAUUCCAGUCUGCCCAGUGUCAUGAGUGAAGUCAGGGGAGACUGGGGAGCGGUAGCCAGACUCAAAUCCAGUCACAGGCCUGCCAGUCAGUCUACCGGUGAACUACCUCAGUUAGUGUUUGGCCAACAGCAAGCUGAUCACUCUGCUACUACUGAAACUGAAUCUUCCAACACCGACAAGUCAAGGCCUGGCAAAAGGUCUGGCGGACCUAGCAAGCCAGCCGCACCAGUCAAGCUGGACCAAAAACUCACCAAACCAAACCAAAAACCGGUUGAACAGGGCCACAAGUCCACCUCGCAAGACCAAAAACCAAUCAUACCAGUCAAACAGGCAGCCACAGAAGACCAGAUGGGCUCAUCGCAGGAGAACUACACACACUGACACGCUGAGAGCAGGGAGGGAGAAAUAUCAGCCGAAGAGAAAGAAAAGGAAACACCAGCUGAAUCUUCUACUAAGGAGGAGAACAUUUCACCUGCAAUAGUGAUAGAGAAGAACCAAGCAGGGUAUCUGGAUGGAUACAGUAGCUGCAGAGUGGACCUGGCUUUCUCUCCAACCACGGCCUCUCCCUCUUCUCAAAUCUUCACCAUUUCCUUCACUCAGACUGGAGUCAAGCCUGUAA